UCUUCCGGCACUGCAGCGCAUGCAUCAAGCACCUGGGCGAUGGUUGAUUGUACUAAGGUGGACUGAGGGCUCUCCCGCUUGAUCUCGAGGAAGAAUAGAAGGGCAGCAGUGUGAAUCAAGGCUUCAUUGUACUGGUCGAGAUGGGACGAGAUCUCUUCUCCAUCCUGCUUGUAUUUCGUCAAUUUCCGCAGCAUCACCUGCAAGCGAACCUCCACAUCGAUGGCGUCGGUCCUGACCGUGUCCAGGGUGGCGGAACCCCUCCGAGAACGGAUCAAACGACCCAGGCGGUAGAGAAGAUCCCCCACCGUAUGGGAGAUACCGAGGAACGGAUCCACGUCGGAGAAGAUGGCGUCGGGGUGGGAGGGGUCAGGGCCAUGGUCCUCUUGGGCCGCGAUGCCAAAGUAAUUCGGCGCAUCGAUGGAGUAGUCCGUCUCAUCCAGCAUGGCCACAAUAUGGAUGUAGCCCAGCCAGCGGACGAGAAAGAGGAACGAUUCAUCGGUCGCCAGACUCGUCGUAAACCCUUUCUCCGCAAUAUACGUCGCAUGCUGCAGGUAGGAUCAAAGCUUGAGAACGUUUCCCUGGGCAAUGUAGGCCGAACACAGGGCGAUCAGGAUGGUCAGAGUCGUGAGCCAAUGCGACGGGCUUCUGGGUACGGCCUGCAACUGCUGGGACAUCGCCUCGCGGACGUAGGCCACCGCCUCUUGCUCCAUCAUCACGGCGACCGCGGCCAUGACGGUGGGAUCCACAUGCGGCGUGGCUUCCGUGAUCCAGUUGACGCGAACGGCGUGGGAUAGAAAGAUAAUGGCGGAGAACAGUAACGGUUCGCCAGCCACUCGCGAGGUGAAAUAGAGGGUCAGUUUGUUCUGAUUCCCUUCCUCCUCGAGACUGAUCCCCGGCGCGAUCGACUG